AAAUAAUCACAAAAUACAGUAGUAAUUAUGAAUCAAACUCGUGUCUAAAACACGUAUUAUGUAGCAAAAUAGCUAGACCCAAUCAAAAUUAGCCUAUAAAAGAACUUUCCCUUCUAACUUGCUCACCCAUUGUCUUAUCAUUCUUAGUGUUAUUUUCCUCUAGAGCGAGAAACAAGAAAAACCCAAAAAUGGAGAUUAAAAGUAAUAGUAGUCGAAGAAUUCAGAGUAUAACAAUGGUUGCUCCGGUCGUAGUACUACUGCUUUGUGUGGUAUUAACAUCUACUCCUACUGUUUCAGCACAGGGACCAUUACCAGCAGGAGUACCAGCAGAAGCACCAACAGUGAUGGCAGAUUCACCAACGAUGUCUGAUUCAGACGAUUGUUUCUCAAAGGUAUUAAACAUGUCGGAUUGUCUGACUUACGUCGAAACCGGUAGUAAUCUUACUACACCGGACAAAGGUUGUUGUCCUUCAUUUGCCGGUCUUGUGGAAAGUUCUCCGAUAUGUUUGUGUCAACUUCUUGGUAACUCUAGUAGUUUGGGGAUCCAACUUGAUGUCAAUAAAUCCCUAAAUCUUCCUAAAGUCUGCAAAGUUGAAACUCCUCCGGUUAGUUUAUGUGCAACCAUUGGAAUUCCAGUAGGUGGAGGUGCAUCAAGCCCAGGAGGAUCAAUGUCUCCAGGAGGAGCACCAACGGGAUCAAUGGAAGCGAUGGGACCAAUGGCGAUGGGACAUUCACCGGAUACAUCAUUGCCGCCGUCCCCAAAUACUUCUUCGUUCAUUCAAAGCUCUAUCCUGGUUUAUCUCUUCGGAUUAGUUGUUGCAACUAUACUCUGAGAGCAACGAUAAACAUGUUUAUCGUAGAAAUAGAGAAUUUGAUUUCAUUUGUAAUACUAUUGUCCAUUACCAUUAUUCCCUUUCUUCAUAUUAUUUACUGUUAUUUUGUGAUUGCUUAUUGUUGUUGCGUGGUGGCAUUUCAUGUAAUCAAACACUUUUAUAUUUAAAUAAUAGAUAUGUGAAAACCCUUUACAAAUUUAUUGAUGCAAA